AUGAAGCAAUUAUAUUUCAAAAUUCAAAUUCUAAUUGUCUCUCUAGUUACUGUUUCUUCUGAUCAAAAGUUUUUCAUGAAACUUUUUGCUGAUGCUGGCAUAGGAAUUAGUUGUCCAUCCGGAAACCGUGUUUACGUCCAUCCGAUUAGCGGAGACUUGCAACAAUGUAGUCAGCAGUUAGGUGUUUACAAUGAUAAAAGCUGUCCAGGAGGAACAGUAUGUGAGCGAUUCCCUGUCCCUAUCCCAGGAUUUCAAGACUUCUGUUGUUGGGAGGAUGAUCAGAAGAAUAGCGAAGAAGUCAUCAUAGGAACUACAACCAGCGUCCCAGAAGAGUUUUUCCCAUACACGGAAAAGCCAAAAAGAAAAAUUCGGCCCAUUGUUGAGGCAAUUCUAGAGAAACCCGACGAAGAAGAUGACGAAGAUAAUUUAGAAAUUCCUCCCAUCCCUAAAGAAGCCAUCGUCAACAUAAUUCCUGAAGAAGAAUCAAGUUCCAAAGAUGAAGAAUGGGAAUUUGAGACAACUCGGCGCACACCGCGACCUCGAAGUCGGAAAGUAACAACAACCACAACUACAACGACAGAAGAACCAUAUACAACAACCAGGAGAUCUACUGGAUCUAAGAAUCGGCUGCUGCGAUGUAGCAAUCCUGAUGAUUCUCCUUUCAUAGAUUUUGGAAACAGACUGAGGGAUUGUUUCCCAGGAUACUAUCAAAACACUGGAUGCUUCCGUGGCUACAGAUGUGAGUUCAAUAAAGAAAUAAGGAGAUAUAUAUGCUGUGGACAAGGAAGAGAUAUCGUCCCUCCAGCUGGUCUUCCUGAUAUUCCUCCACCUAAGCCAUUACUACCGCCACGACCUUUCCGUCCAAGGCAAGGGCCGUUCAAUUUCAACGACGGAGAUCAGAACAACAAUGGCGAUGAUGGUGGAUACAAUCAACAGAUGAUCAUUACACCUAAAGGCAACUCAAACCAAUGGGGAGCCGAAAAUAGAAAAGUCGAGAGCAACUGGAACGAAGAGCAGACUCAUAUCGGUAACAACAAUGGUAACAACAAUAACGGCAAUAGUUUCCCAACAAUCGAAAGAGGAUCUGCAAAGAAUAGCAUGGGAAGUAAUCAGUGGAAUAACGGUGGCUUCAACGGAAAAUGGAGUAACUCAGACAACUCCAUGAACUCGAACAACAAUCGGCCCAAUUGGGGGAUGGAAAAAGUUCCCCAGGAUAACAAUAAUUGGAAUAACAACUUCUCAAAUAACAAGAGAGGAGGUGAUUUCAAUAAACCUAUCAUACCAUCAAAGCAAAACGGCCCCAGCAAUAGAGGAGGACAAGAAAAGAAGCGAGGAAAAGAUUAUGAUUAUGAUUAUGAAAGUGAUAAUCAAUGGAAUGGCAGGAAAAGCUCAAACAUGAACCUUCCAACAAACGAUAACAGAAAUACUUGGAACAGUGGAGGGUCUCAGAACAACAGGGUGCCGACAACAUUCAGAUCACGAAAACCAGUAGAAGAAACGUGUGUUGAAGGCUCAGAAUAUUCUUUAGCUGGAACAGUUCCAAAAUGCACACCACCUGGAACAGAUUCCUGUCCCAUCUCUCAUCCACGUUGUCUAAACUCUCUCACUCAUGGGUACUUUGUGUGUUGUUUAUAA